AUGGUGAACAUAUUACUUAUAGUGUUGAUGGUUUUGGUCCCGCUGAUCCUUUUGGCUUGCAACCUUUAUAUUGUCGUGUAUUUCCAACAUCCCGAAGAGAAAGGAAUGACUUGGGUGUGGCGGAUCUUAAUCAUCUUAGCUUUGGAACUACUCGAACUCUCCGUGUGUAUGGUACCUGCCGACGUAUUAAACGCAGGACCCCCCGACGGAGAAAUUCCAAUGGAAAUUAUUUGGUACGUCAUAUAUUACACAUUAAUCGUCUUUGCAGCGAUCAUUUUGCCGUUUGGAUUGUGUUGGUAUAACCAAGACGAAGACAACACAUUCUGUAAAAAGCUGAUCUUAUCUAUCGUCUUUGCCCUCAUCUUCCUACUCGUCUACGCAGUUUUUUCUGUCAUAUUUUAUAUCAUCUUUGGAGUCGCCGAGAUCGAAGUCAACUACGAGAGUAAACAAAUGGCAGACAUCGGUACCUUUAACCUCGACAAUUUAUUAAGCCAAAAUGUCAGACUUAAAGACUUGAGCACAACCACAAUUUCCUUCAGAAUCUCCCCCGUAUUGUUUUUGAUAGCCGGUGUGAGUACAAUCGGUUAUGUGUUGGUCCUUAUCUUCGGCGGGUUGGGCCUCGGCGCGUUACCUGUUGGUCUCAUCUUCGAUUUUAUUAACCGUCCAGUCCCAUUGAAGGAACCUCAGAUCAAGGAAUACACCAAAUUGAUUGGAGAGAGGGCUAUGGCGAUGUUAGACGAGAGUAAAGAGAUCAAGACGGUCAGGGGGAUAUCCUCGAGAAAAAAGUACCAAGAGUUCCGCGAGGAGGUAUUUAUCUUGGAUAAAGGAUUAAAGACGUUAAAUAAACGAAAGGCGAAGUUGGGCUUCUUAUGGGGAUAUAUAGCUAUAGGAUUGGGUGUUAUAGCUUCUAUUGUGUCAUUGCUCUGGAUUGUCCAAUUAGUCAUUUGGACGAUUUUAAGGAUCUUCCCGUUGAUCGAUUGGGUCAUGCAAUUCUUGACUGGGUCGUUGUCGUUUUUGGGAGCGAUUGUUUACGGUGUGCUUGCAAUGUAUUUGUUGGCGUGUGUGUUCAAAGCCGUGACGUAUGUUGGGUUCAGAUUUGCGCUUGGUAUUGCGUUCUAUCCAUUUGAGGUCGGAGGAACUUAUAUGAACGCAUUCUGCUUUAACACGAUACUACUUAUUUUGACGGCAUUUGGUGUGAUCCAAUUUACUUCAGAGACAUUCCCAGAGUUCAUUGCUGGGACUUCUUUACAAACUUUCAUGGGUGACUCAAUCACUCAAAUGCGUUAUGUGAAGUACGUCUACAAAUAUGCGCCAUUUGUGAUGCCCGUUCUGUGUGUCUUAAUGAUCAUCUUCAUGAUUCUCUCAAAAUGCCUCUGCAAACACAAGAAAGACAAAGACCCACUGGAUAUUUGUCUGGAGACUAUUGCACCAGAAAAGGUUAAGGGGAAGGAGGAAAAGAAAGAAAAAAAGGAAAAAAAGGAAAAAAAGGAAAAAAAGGUUGACACCGAGGUUAAAAAUAAGUAA